AAAUUAGCAAUCUAAAAACUGAACAAUGACCUACACGAUUUCAUAGCGUCAGCGCUAAUUUAUAUGUAGGCCAAUACAUAUGUUAUAUAAAGUAACAUAUUACAUAAAUCUUUGCAUAAGCAAGGGGUUGCAGUGGGGUGGACUUCGUGUAUUCCCAUCCACUAAUAACAAAAAGUCCAUAUAGUGUUCGAAAAUACAUACUUAUAUCAUAGUGUAGGCUACUAAACUGUCAAAUAAUUCAUUGACCACCGAUCGCAUGAAUUCUGUACUCAUUCAGGUUCUUCAGUUAGACCUAACUAUGAUUAUACAACCAUUUAUGUGGUUAUAUAAUGUAGAUAUUUAAUUCACCAAUGAAGUUAUUUGCUGCACGUCACGUGCUGCUUACGUUAUCCUGGGGGACGGUGACGAUGUGAGCAGGCUUCGUUAGCCAGCUAUGUUUUGUUGUGUGGUAAGAGUGCCUUACUAACGGAUACAUUCGAAUUCCAAAUCAGUGAGACCAAAUAUACGAACAGAAAUGAAUCCGGAAUCGUGACCAGAGCGACGAAACAUGUAUGGGGAGUGUAAUGCGUGACCGAAAUCAAGAGAAAGGCUACAAGACUUGUGUUGGUUAGAUAACCGUUAACGUUAACCAUGGGAUACGUCACGCUAGCCGAGUUUACGCAAACCCCGGCCCUUUGGUCGCUAUCGGGUCUUAUUUAAAACCGAUACCUUGUGCGAGGUGGACGUCGAGUGGUUGUUUCUUUAGCAAAUGAAUGAUAUUAUUCAUGAACAAAACGGGGACGAAAGAUGUUGCCUGUAUUUGAAAUGAUCAGGUUAACCCGGUAGACUUCCAUCAAGCUACGUUAAUGUGUUGUGAAACAACAAGGGUCAAGCUUGUAUAAGCUUCAAAAAUCCCAAUUAAGGCGUAUCGGCAUUGGUUAGAUCGUAAGUAAGUUAAGUUUGCUCGCUUAUCGCUAGUACUGUAAUAUUUUGAGUAUAUAACGUGGGCUUCUUGGAUGUAAGUGUUGGGACUGGACCACUUCAAUUCCAAAGGGUAACGUUUCGCAACCACAACAACUAAGUUAGGCUAUCGUUACCUGAUGACUUCUUGGCAGAGCAUCAUAGUUACGGAAGCGAUUACGGGCUAUAUCUGUUGGUUAUGAAACAUGUCUGGGGUAUUAAUCCACAGACAACAGUAACUUUAAGUGGGGCUCCUAUGCUCGUGGGCUGCUCCACUUAUUUUGGCAGUUUGGCCAGUCUGACUUUUGUAAUGUUUAAGGGCAGGGCCUACUGUUGCGGUGGGUUCAUUUUAUAAUUUACUGGGACAGGGGAGGUGCUCUCCGUGGUAGCACAAAAGCUUGUGUAACGUUGUUAGCCAGAUAGCUAUAUCAUUUAACCCACCUUUUGCUGCCAACUACACAACGAUGGACACGGGAAUACAGAACCACACGGAACAUUUCGUUCAUGACAUAUCGAACCCUAGCGCACUGGGUUUGUGUCCUGAAAUGCUUCAGGUUGCUGAAGAAGCUUGUCGGGCUGGAGACUUCGACCUUGCUGUGGAGAUCUAUAGCUCCCAACUGGCCGACCUACACCAACCGGACCGGGGGCUAUGUCUACGCAAAGCGGACACUUUAGCCCGAGCGGGUCGGAUUGGAGACGCUUUGGACUCAUAUCGUGUAGCUGCAAACAUUCAGAGGCUCCUACCUGAUGAACUUGGCCUUUUGGUUGAAAGUAUUGCUCGGACUAUACGCGGAAAGGAGCUGAGUGACCACAAAACUGAGACCUCUGUCAGUGGAAGAGAAACCGCUAAGACGGACACUCUUGACUCAAAAGCAAGUGGCAGGUCGAACAACAACGGGGCCACGAGCGGUGACAGAGAUGGGUCGGAGGAGGAGGAAUGUUUAGACUUAUUUACUUGUAAACUUUGCAAGUGUCUGCUAUCCGAACCAACCACAUUAGAAUGUGGCCAUACCUUUUGCAAACGGUGCCUGGAAGACACUGGUGUGAAGGAAUGCAGUAGUUGUCAUUCCAAAAUUAACAACUCGCUCGGAGAAGAUGGUAUUCAUGGAUUUAGAGUUAACGUUGUACUCAGCAGUCUGUUGGAUAAAUGGUUUGAAUCGGAAAGCAAAUCCAGGCGAUUUUGGUUGGAAGCAGACGGAAUAUGGAAGAAACAUGACCUGGCCAACGCUUUGGAAAAGUUCAACAAAGCAGUAGAAAUAGCGCCCUCUAUAUGCAGGCUGCUGGGACGGCGGGCUGAGCUGCACAUGGAAAUGAGGAAUUUCAGCCAAGCCAUCCAGGACGCUGACAGUGUGUGUCGGCUGAAACCUCAAUGCCCCAAAGCUCGCUACACCAAGGCCAAAGCCCUGAGCGGAGCUGGAAGGGCGGAGGAGGCCCUGCAACAGUAUUUCUACUGUGUGGCUCUGAAGCCGGACUGGACCGUGGUCAAGCUUGAAGCUCAGAAGGUCCUGAGUGAGCUCUUCUCUUCAGUGUUUGAGGAGGAUGGGCUCUCUGCCCCCCUGCCCUCAAGGCAGACCGGACCCUCCUCUCGCCUGAAGCCCUCGUCCCUCCUCAACUCACUGCCCCCCUCCUACAGUACACCAGGUUCCUCCAAGGACUCCAGUGCCACCCUGCCUAAGAGUGGUGAGGGGAGCGUGGGCACUGGCAGCUCCUCUCUGCCCCUUGGCAAAGCUGACGGCCAGUUUGAGAACCCCAAGAGUCUGUCGGCGGUCCUCUCGGCACUGCCAUGCCCCUCCAGCCUCAAGAGGAAGGGCUCUACGGAGCACAGGCACGCCCCCCCCUGCAAACACCUUCGGCCAGAUGGUUCCAGUUCGUCCACAGCCGUGACCACGUCUUCAGGAGUGAGGCAGGUGCCUACUGAGCUCUUGGACAGUGGAGAUUUGGAGUGCUCUCUGUGUAUGAGACUGUUCUAUGAACCAGUCACCACCCGCUGUGGACACACAUUCUGCCUCAAGUGUCUGGAGCGCUGCAUGGAUCACAACCCCAACUGCCCACUCUGCAAAGAGAAUCUCUCUGAGAGCGUGGCCAGCAGGGGGUACAGUAAAACAUUUCUGAUGGAAGAGGUACUCCAACGCUACCUGGGAGAGGAGCUGGGAGAGAGGAGGAAGGUUCAUGAGGAGGAGAUGAAGGAGCUGUCCAACUUGAACCAGGAAGUGCCCAUUUUUAUCUGCACCAUGGCGUUCCCCACAAUCCCCUGCCCCCUGCACGUGUUUGAGCCACGCUACCGCCUCAUGAUCCGGCGCUCCAUGGAGACGGGCACCAAGCAGUUUGGCAUGUGCAUCGCUGAUGAUGUCAAAGGGUUUGCAGCUUACGGCUGCAUGCUGGAGGUAAAAGAUGUGAAGUUCUUCCCCGACGGGCGCUCGGUGGUGGACACGGUGGGGGUGGACCGCUUCAAAGUCCUCAGCCACGGCCAGAGGGACGGUUACCACACCGCCAAGAUCGAGUACCUGGAGGACAAGAAGGCGGAGGGUGACGAGCUUGCAGAACUGCAGAAGCUGCAUGACUCGGUGUAUGAUCAGGCCAACACCUGGUUCACUUCCCUCAGAGACAACAUGAAGAGCCAGAUCCUCAGCCACUUUGGGCACCUGCCCACGAAAGACCAUGAUCCACAGGCCAAUCCCAGUGGGCCUGCCUGGUGCUGGUGGCUGCUGGCGGUGCUUCCCCUGGAGAACCGGGCGCAGCUCACCAUCCUGGCCAUGACCUCGCUGAAGGACCGCCUCAUCGCCAUCCGCAGGGUCCUCAUCUUCGUCACACGCAAACGCCCGCGGUAACCUCAGCCUUCCACCCUCCCCCCCUUGUGCCCCUCCUCUCUCACCGAGCCCAGAGGGGGGAGUGGGAGAGGACGGGCCCUGCAGUGGCAGGUCUGGGAUUGGAACACUAUAUACCCAAGUUUUUGCUGCUGCUGUUGCUGCUGCUGGUGCUUCUUCUCUUAGACCAAAUGAGGGCUCCACGGAACAGAUCAGCUUGGGCUCUGCUUUGCUCUCCUCAGACCCCCCCCCCCCCCCACCUACUGCAAAAUGAGCCCCCCCAGUCAAGCUAGUGUUUAUUUCCCUCAUCUCUCUCUCCCUGAAGUGUCUCCUCAGGAGCCCGGCGUUUGUCCAUCCCAUCUGUGGGACUGCUAGAGCACACAGGCAUGUGCGGUUUCUUUUCAGUGCCUGCUUUCCUCGUAGCGAAAUGAAGCGGAGUCACCGUAGCAGCUGAAGCCAGCAGAAAAGCCGUACAGAUAUGAACACUUAUCUGUCACCUGGAUGAAUGAGACUAGCUAUCAGCUUCAUCUUAGUAAUCCUGGAGUAAGCUCGUCUCUCUUUCAUAGAGACACACACACACACACACACACACACACACGCACACUGGCAGACCUGGUUUGCUCUGCACUGAAGCCUCUGUAGCAACACACUUCUUCGUUCCGAGGGACCGGUUGACUGGUCUCCGUCUUCGUCAGCAGAGUGAGAGCUAGAGACCUCAAGAGGCUCCUGCUUUGUUGUAUAGUAAACCAGAAGGGUGUCCUCCCCCCCCCCUGGUCCAGAUAUAUUCCCCUCUACCUGUAGUAGUACUGAGGCUCGUCAUGUGGACACACAACCCCUCAUCACUGCAGCAGCUGCACAAGUGCACAGUGCCCUCGUAGUUCAUAGCCAAUCAAAAUGCUUCCCUUUUUCCUGAAAGUUUCAUUUGGUUCUUCUGCAGCUUUAACUGAAAUAGUCUUAAAACGUGAAAUAAAAACAUGAAAUGAACUUGUGUUGAAACCACUCAUCACAGAACACAUCUCAUUUUGGGAAAGGAGCCGUCAUUACCCCUGCUGGGGUGGAGACCGCUCCCCCUGCUCACGUUGGCACAGUGUACAUACCAGAGAAACCCUCUGAAUGUAAUGGGACUUCCUUCUCCUUGGCUCUUUGCUCAACACAAAUACCUAUGCCCUUGCCGAAAUGCAUAUGAGAUUAAAAGAAGCUAGAGGAUGCCGUCUAAGACACUGGACAGCUCCUGCUCUCCAAGCCUCCUCUGGAACGCGGUCUAUCCCAACACCCACCCGUCAUUCACACUACGGUGAUCGCACGCAACAGAGUGGGUUCUCUACUCAAAGCCACUGAGAGGACAAAAAUCAGAAGCCUUAAAGUUAUCAUUACCUACCUUUUAACUCUAAUAAGUAGCAAACAUUCUUAAUUAUGGGGUGACCUGUUGUUCCCAUGCUGUGUUCACCCUUAAGUAAAUUUAGUGUAAAUUGAGUGGUUUUGUCAGUGCAGUCUCUCUCUGUAUGGAUACUGUGUAUGUCAGUUCUUUGUUAAUGCGUGGAAGUCAAUUAUGUUUGUUUGUGUGUGUGUGUGUAAUUGAUAUGAAUACAUGUGUACUGUACUGUAGUUUACUAAUAUGUCCAUUUGGUUUUCCAGUUGUUUGUGAUUGGAUUGAUGUACAAUUGGAGGCCUUCGCUAUUUUCUUUGUUGAAUAUUUUUCUACCGUGUCCAUUUGUUUAUUAUCUUUGUGAUCGUGCACGACUUAAUCUUUGUGUUCAUCAACCCUCUUGUGUUUAGGGAUGUUACACAAAUGCUGCAUUUUUUCAUCCAAGUUUGUACAUUUAAGAUAAGAUGGAAAUAAAGUUAUUUUGUAUGAUGAGAUGAAAA